AUGACCGUUACCGUUAUCAACUCCCACGCCGAAUUCAAACAAAUCAUCAACAGCGGCAAGCCCGUGCUCGCCCACAAGCCAGAAAACAGCCAUGUGGGAUUCUACAAAGUCAACGUCGAUGAACAAGACCAAAUCAGCAAGGAAGUCGGCAUCAAAGCGUUGCCGACUUUUAUUAUCUUCCACAAUGGUGUCAAGGCGGGUGAGGAUGUUGGGCGCAGUCCGUAUGAAUUGGAACAGCUGGUUAAGCGGGCGGCUGCUCUCUAA